AUGGUAAUUUACCUCAGGUCUUCAGCUAUGGGAUCUUGGCCCUCAAAGAAUACUACCUCAUGGUUAGCAAAAUCUUUUUUUUUAUUAUUAUUGUCGUGUGAGUCUACUCAUUUUGUCGGCACGAUUGGAGGCAAUGGAUUUUCGAAACUCCUUUCCGAGUCAACGGAUCUCAAACCGUUCGCUUGCGUUAAAUUUGUUAUUGUUUUCAUAUUGAUAAAUACGUACACGAUAUCAAGCCGUAUCGUAGCCGUGAACAUUUUAGGCCGUUAUUUAGCGGGCAUAUCUUAUGUCCGAGAUCUCUUUUGGUGGUCAAAUUUAGGUUGAUGGCCGUCGGCGAUAAAGUCAGUUCAGUGUAGAUAGUAGCUUUCACAUCACGUAGCACAAAUACAUUAGCGAAACUUCGACUUUUUUAUCUCGCACUUGCGAAGUUCGUUAAAUUAAGAAACGAAUUUUAUUUGUCUCAGUAAAGAUAUUUUUGUUGCAAUUUUUUAAAAGUAAUUUGAAAUAUGUCUUUACCCUGUGUUGUUUCUACAUCAUUUUUGAUCGACAGUUGAGUCCUCAAAGAGUCAAUACUGCUAGUGCUUGUAAUAGUAGUAUGCAUGCCGAGCAAGCCUUUUUGCAUGCGUGGAUUAAUUUUCUGUAGGAAGCAGAAUGAAGAAUAUAUAACUCACGAAUUAUUUAUCGCCUACAAAUCAAAACUACUCAUAUGCCGUAAAGUGGAAGAUAUGGAGCACAUAAUAUAUUUAAAUGAAGAAUAUUAUUUGAAACGCUGUAGAGAAGGUUAUAUGCGUGUUAAAAUGGUUUAGUACAAACGGACUAUGAACUUAUAUACACUUAUCAUCAUUACUAACGUGUAUUGCCUGUUAUCGCUUAUAACAUCUUCCUGUAUUUGUGUUAAAUUUCUAGUAAUUUUGGACGUGUGUGAAAUUUGUUGCUAUUAUUGAAAUUUUUACGACUUAUAAAACUUACAAAAGCUUUCAGAUAGUGUAGCCGUUAUCAUGUACACAUUUUCCUUUGAAACAGAUGCACCGUAUAAUAAAGAACAUGUUAAAUUAUAGAUAGCGUAAUGUCUCGCCGUGUAUGAAAUAAAUUGCAAAUAAUUAAAUAUACAGGUCAUGAUUCAAUGUAACCAGGUGAAAUAUACGCUCCAUAUAUGUAUAUAACUAGCUAGUACUAUGUUGUUGUUUCUAAACUAAGAGUAGUACAUGUACAUAUACAGUAUGCAUGUUCAUAUAUAAUAAACAGUAGAUGAAUACAUGAGAGAAUGAAAAAUUAAUUUGUAGCUUGCAAGAAUUCAAUUUCAAGUUGCCUAUAUGAAAUACAAUACACAUUUGGAAAAAAUUCAUUUGUAAGCAUCAAAUGUAGGUAAGAUUUUGCUUGUAUAAAAAAUACAAUACAAACAUGCAUGCAUGAGAGAAUGGAAGCACAUUUUUGUUGGAAACACAUUUUUGUUCCUUACAAGACUUUGUCUAUAAAACAAAAUACAAACAUUGGAGAAGUGGAAAAUUCCUUUGUUGCACGCCUGCAAGACUCUUUUUAUUAAAUGUACCUGCAUGAAUGUAUGCAACAUGAUCAGUAUCUUUCGAAUAUUAGAAUCUUGCAUAAAUAGUAAAGUUACCCGAAGAGCAAACUUUAUAACCGCAGACAUUUUUAAAUUUAUUAGCACAAAUAUUCCCCAAAUACAUAGAUUUAAAUUCAUUUUCUCAAAUUUUAAAAUCAGGAUGAAGCAGACUGCACGAAGUUGACAGUGUCAGUAGUGGAUUAUUUUCAACCCUUGAUGGGGGGUAGCCGAACUUUGAACAUUAUUUCGUUGCCAUUGUAAGAAAAAUAUUAUGUUUGCAGUAUUAUGUCUUUGUUAUCUGUUGCUUACUUUUUAUGCGUGAACGACGAUUUUAAGUCGUAUUAAUUAAAACGAAAUGUUUUUGAUAACGGCAUUGUAUAUGCAUGCAACAAUGCAUGCUCUCCUAUUUGUUCAUGCUAUUAGCUUAUAUGAUAACCUGAAUAACUUAGUUGGGCAUGAAUGCAAAUAACAAUUACUUAUAUACUAGUAAAGUAUAGUCUGCACGUGUUUAAUGUUUGAAUGUUACGUCCAAAAUAUUUAUUGGCUAGACUGAAAAAACCCUCUUUGAUUAUUGCAAAUUUGAUUUUUUUCAAAAUCAACUCGAUCCAACGAUGUGCUUAACAAUGUUUAUUUCCUCAAAUGUAUGUUGAAAUUGUUCUCUCGAAAUCUCCCCCAAACUAUCUUUAACAUGAUCCUUCUACAAAAGCUUGGUAAAAAUUAAAUUAAAGCCAAACGGGACUGCUUGCCAACAUAUAAACACAUUAAAUAAUCAUUUCUCGAAAAAGAUGAACAAGAUUUGUAGGAAUAUAUCCCGUGAUUUACGUGCAUGCAUGUGAUGUAUCUAUAGAAAUACAUAAUGCAGAAACAUCUCGCCUUUAAUUUCCUAAACAUUUUUAACAUGAAGUAUUCUAAAUUACGCCACCAAUGAACACAGGUUCACGGUGAGUUAGUCAUUGCUUUUAAUUUUUUUGUGCAAAACGGAAAAAAUAUUAAUGAAGUUUAACUCUUUUAGCUAUGUAUCAAUUUCUAAAAUACAUAAGUAUAGGUAUGUUAUUUUUCACUCUAUAAGCUUGAAUUUAAGGUCACAUUCAACCUUGAACGCUUAACGAAAUGUUCAUUUAAUUUUGUGUUUAAUAUAUAUGCAGUUUGUCAGUUUUUGCUGAUUAACUAUUUAACUAAUUAGUAUUUUUAUUAGUUGCCACGAAAUUAGAUCAAUCAUACAGUUCGUAUUGUUCGCUAUUGGAAAUAAUUGAGGGUUUUUUAAAAUUUUAUGAGCUUUUUUAAUAUAAACGACGUAAAAACUUGCUUUAUAUUUCAUCAUUACUCAUCUUAUAUUUCUUCUUCUCAUUUCUUUAAAGUAAAAUUUAAAAACUCCCUUUCCAGCUCAUUGUAUGAAACGACUUUUUCAUAUAUUUUUAUUCUUUUCAACUGAAAUUUGGGCCAAGUCUGUUCAUUGGACAUCUGGCACACCGCCAUAUUUUGAGAUCAGUGAGAUGACCACCUACUACCCCACUGUUGAAACCGCUAGCAGCCGGGUGUAAAUAGCCUUGCGGAAUUAGUACUCUCGGGCUCGGGGAUUACUUGACAGCAUAAAGUACAUAUACAUGCGGCUAUAUACGUGGGUCAUUAUAGUCUUCUUCACUAACUUCCAGACGGAGAGCCUUCGGAGGGUCUUGAUACGGUUCGCAGUUUCCAUUCGUUGCUAGCUAAACUACACUGGCACCUUCCACCGUUCGAGAUUUCAGCCUUAAAGCAUGGGUGAUUAUACCUCGCAAUGCAUGGCACUGCAUGCAUAUUUACAAACCGUGUAAGAAGGCUUUAUCGGUGCGUAUAGUCGAGUAUAUAUGAGGGCUUUAUCGGUGCAGGAGCGACCUGCAUGGUGAUUCCUCUUGGAUGAAAGAGGCUGUUGUGCAUGGCAACCUUUUGAUGUUAAAAAAGUUUAUAUGUGCUCUAUGUGUAUGAUAUCGAGCACUAUUUCUCGCUUAGUGAAACGUAACACACUCCCAUAAUAUAUUAUAUACAUGUAGCACAUGCGCUUGGUGAGAGCAAGCACAUUCAUCUCAGCAAAGACGAAUCUUGCAUAAAUAUGUCGUUGCUGCAUGCAUGCUUCGUAAUUCAUAGCUCAGUUGCAAUGGAAGAUUAUUUGCAAACUGGGCAAUUCUAUUUAUCUUUAUAUUUCAAAUAUUUAUAUUAAUGGAAAAGUACAUUCAUUUGCGUAGGCUACAAUGGUGAGUUCGACUGCUUAAAUGGUUCGCCAUGCAACAUUCUUAAAUUAUAACUUGUUUACGCGAUUUGAUUUUCACCUGUUUUAUCAACGCAAUAUCAUAAAUAAUGACAAGAAGGCUUCAGAGCAUUCAAAUUAUUGGAACGUAUGUAUUAAGUAUAAUAUCAUAUAUAAUUACAUAUUUUUAAUGUACAUGCAUAAACAUAAAGCUUGUUAACCACCUUUAUAAGAUAAUGCAGACGUCUGUAUAUACUUCCGACAAUAACCGUAAAAAGAACAAAUUAAAAAUUAAGAUAUGCCAAGAUGAGAACGUUUAGUGUAAAUAAAACGUGAAAAGAUCAAUGAGGCAAGCACAAAAUGGACAUUCAAGCAGCUAACAGCUGCAUAUAUAGUGUUAAUGUUGUAAACCACUCAACUCUUGAAGUACAUCUUGCUUGGAACAUUAUAUCCAGAUAUGAAAAAUUUUAAUUUUGAUAUCUUAAAAUAUAUUGUAUUUAGCUUAUAAGUAUAUAUGUUGGAUUUCAGCAAGUUCGGAAGAAUAAGUUAUCUGCACGUCGUUAUAUCUAUUUUGUAGACACGCACGUUUCGUCUUCAAUGGCUCGUCAGUUUUUUUAAGUAGAAACACGCAGCCUAUGAAGAGAUGAUUGACAACUUAAUAUAUAUAUAUAUAUAUAUAUAUGUUUGGCAUUGAGAACGUUGCUGAUGCAACAUAGAUGCGAAGAAAUAUAAAAUUGUUUUACUUGAUCCGUUUAAUUUUCUUCACACCACAAUGCAUUUUUCUAAUGCAUCAAACCUAUAGCCUAUUAGAAACCCCAAACAUUUUUGCAAAUCAAACGUUCUACAUUUUUCCAAUGCUAUUUCAUAUCAUUCUUAAAGGUUAACAUGCAUGAAACAUUGUACGUAUAGAACCGAGAAAAAGUUCGUUUGCAGAGAAAAACAGCUUUCGUUCAUGCGCAUUUUGGAGACUACUGCUCAUUACUUUCGUUUGUUUCUCGAAUUGCACACCGCGUGACGCGAUGGUUGUUUAGAUUGAAACGGUUAUUUUACAAAGAACCUGGUAUCAUAACAAAGUAUAUAUAGUUCUUAAGAAUAUACUAUAGAUAUUUAUGCAUUAUAAAUGCAAACCCCUCGCUCGAUAAUACUCUAUCUGCGUACCUUAAUUACUCGCGGGAUUUGUGUUCGUUUCACACGCAUCCCAGUAUGGUUAGAAUCAGGGCUGCCAAGAAAAAAGGGGAGCCUCCCCUCCUCCCGUCCGUGUCUUUGUUGCCAUUGCCGCAUAAAGAAUUUUGACACAGGUUCUAAUUCAUACAUGCCUUGAUGGGAAGAACGUGAACCACAAAUGGAGAUGUGAGCAAAUAAUGUUUAAAUUUAUCCAUUCGUAAUUAGUUUACAACAGCAAUUGUGAAGAAUCCAUCAGUUUUGUGAUGCACAAUAACAUCUAACUGGACCAAACUUAAAAAAUAUUCAAUAUAUUCAUAACGAAACCUGUACAAACAACCGACCAAAAUGAUUAUAAAACUGAAACGUAAUUGUGCAUUGAACUCCAGCUUAUAGCUUUGCAAAUAGAAGUUGGAUACAUUUGUAAACAUAUAGUUUGACACAGUGAUCGUAUAUAUAUAUUAUAUGUAUAUAUAUAUUAUAUGUAUAUAUGUAUAUAUAUAUAUAUAUAUAUAUAUAUAUAUAUAUAUAUAUAUAUAUAUAUAUAUAUAUAUAUAUAUAUAUAUAUAUAUAUAUAUAUAUACAUGUACUAUACUUGAGGUUCAAAACAUCAAAUUAUAAUUACAAUCAUAUGGGAUAAACUUGUAUUCAAUGUAAAAUUCAUUUUCGGGUAUUGUCUAAAUAACAGUAUUUUAAAGCUAUUUAGAUCUGCACUUAUACGUUUUCUCUCUGUGUGUCAGUCGACCAGUUCUUCAUGAUAUCUGUAAGCGUUUUUCACAUCCUGCGUACAUAUCGGUCUGAGAUUACCCCCAACUCCCCGCAGCUUAUAAUAGCAAACAGGAGUAUUUUAUUACGACAAUAAUUUGUAAGGCAACACACUUCCCCAAUAUACAGUAUAAGCGUUGAUUAAUAAAUACACACGUAAAGAGUUUUAUAAAUUGUAGUUUUAUAUUGCAAUAAUUAAAUCGCUAUUGUUUUUAGAUAAUGCGAAUUUUCCAAAUCCUUUUAGUUUCACCCAAAAAUAGCACAAUCAGAGGUAAUUUAAUUUACCUUAAUUGAAAUUUAUGUUGCUAUUGCAGGUAUAUAUACUAUUCGGUUCGAUACUUUUGGAAUUCAAAUAAAAAACUCGGCCGUGCAUGUUCUAUUUUUGGUGUUUUCGCAACGAAAGCAUGAUCAAACCUGUAUAUAUGUCGAAAAAGGUGUACAAUACUUUUAUAGGGACCUUUUGGGGAUUUUAGAUAUCCUUAUCAAAUAUUUUAAGAAUCUGCAAGAUUUUUCGAGAUUUUGUCAAUUUUAGGAACUCGAUUAAGAUUUUUGGGAAUUUAUCAGGACUUGUGUGGUUUUUCGCCAUAGUUUUAGGAGGAUUAUCAAAAAUUUGAAAGAUAUUAAUUUAAGGGUUUUCACAAAGUUGAUUUUCGAGUGAUAUCCCCGUACCUCGACACUGUCAGUUUUCGAUACGUUUACAGUUAAACCUGUUUUCUACUUCGACUGUGCCGCACUGUUCUAGCUUUGAUACCUGCAUGACCACCAUAGAAUGGAAAAUAUUUGUAAAUGUUUGUAAAUUCUUCGAUCGUGUAUGACCACAUGUACAUUAUCAUAAUAUAUCAUUGCAAAAAAGUAAUCCUGAGUGGAGCGAAAAGGACAGGACCAUUACAAAGUUGAUAUGACGUAGGUGGAAUGCUGACGAUACACGUGUUAGCAAGUGCAUUCAGUUUUGCCUGUAUAAAUGACUGUUGACCCAAGGCCAAGUGUACUAUUGGAUUGAGUGAUGAUUUUGAUUCAUUUUCUGCCCAGCAUGGGAUGUACUGUAUAUCCAGGCUCGAGAAUAAUUAUAAAUAUCAUACAAAUAUCAAGCAAAUUCUCAGGAGAACUAAUAUAGCAUUUUUAAUUUCUUCUUAGUUUUGCGACAAAGCAUGAGAAACAGAGCAGAAAGUCUCUCAAGAAUUCACGAGAGAGUUCGUCAGAUAGAACUGAAUGUGAAAAGCUCACAGUACCGUCGGGUCAUUCACAGCAGCGGAGGGAAUCGUUUAUAUACAAGUCAGACAGUGAAGGUGAAGUAUCACCGCGAUGUAUGUCACCAAGGCAUGCCUCAUUCAGCGAAGGGUAUGUUUAUUGUUGCAAUACUGCCAGUUAAUCGAAAUGGGUCGUCUUAAUAUUUUCAAAAAUGCUUCAGAAAGGUCUUUAAUUUACAUUGCGACUUCAAGACUGGCCAAUUCUCCUCAUUUCUGCAGUCUGUAGUUUAGGACAAGUUCUACUUCGAAUUUAUUAAUAUAAACCCCUCUAUUAGGAAAACUGCAUGUCCGGCAUAUAUACAAAUUGGCUGAUUUCAAUUAUACUUCCUAAAGAUACUACUGUAUAUGCAGGCAGUUUAUACGGUUUAGAUAUAGGAUAACACCACCCAACUCUUUGAUAACGCUUCUUAAUUCCACAAAGAGACAUUUGAUUCCAUUUUUAUGUCGAACUACAGUCCUCGUGGUCUCAGAAAUGAAAGGAGUCAAUCUAUACAUGAAGACAUACGCAACCUUAUCUUCUGGCGUUGUAAAUAAGACGCUCUCCUAUGAAGUAAACAUUACGAAGGAUUUCUUAAUUUUUAUCUAUGCAACAAAAAUACAACGAAUUAUACACAAAAUAUAUUCUUUUAUAUUCUUUUUAAUUUAUUUCCAGGACGAGAGCUGAAGAACUUGUUACACCGUUUGCCCAGGUAAGAAUAAAUUUCAUAUUCCUGUGUUUUGUAACACUAAUCCAAAAUCUUUAGAGUUGACUUCGUCAAGCAUUUAUAUUCUUUGAAAAUAUAUCGUUCAUUCAUAGCCCAAGUACCAGACUCUGUCUUCCCUUCCUAAAGUGCGGGUGGAUAGAAGGGCUAAAAAGGCCUGACACAAACUGUUGCAUGUCUGCCAAAUUCCGCUGAGUUUUUCUGCGCCUGAAUACAAAAAAGAUUAAUCUGUCUUUUGAUUGGUUAGUGCUAAUUAGAUUCUACAAUUGUUCUUGAUACAUUUGGUAGUUAACUAUAAGUAGAUUGUCGUUGUUAUUGUGUGAAAUUAAUUUUUUGAUUGGGUACUCCACUCGCAGUCGCAUAUAUUUAAGGAAGCGAAAAUGGCCUGAUACUUUUAGGCUAGUAUUAGAGUGAUUAACUGAUUUAUUUAGACUAGCUAACCAAUCUGUGAACCAAAGCCUUCCCAAGGCCAGACCUAGGAUUGCAUUGGCCCUCUACUGUUAUUGAAAAUCAAGAACACAAAUAUGAAGUCUUCACAUUGACCCACAUUACUUGCUGUAAAUUGUAAUAGUGAAAUCAGAAUAUCUCUCGACAAAUAAACGGUUUCCCAAACUUUCCACUUAAAACAGAUUUGUUCGCAAGAAGUCAGAUAUUUUGCCAAAAGCGAUGCGAUUUUUAACAUUUGAAAGGACGAUACUAAUCUAGACAUGUCAAAAACAAACUAAACGAAGCUUAGCAACUGGAUAAUGACGUACGUGAUACAUGUACUGUUUGAAAUUCAAAGAUUUGCGAUUAUUAAAAGAAAUGGCGUAUUUCGUCACAGCUUCAAAAGAUAAGCAUUGAAGAACGACUUUUCCGAAACCUUUUUCUAGAGGGCACGGUUACCCCAUGCACGCACAGGAGGUGUGCAUGUCACGUGACACCAAAAUGUGGUUUCAACGUUAAUCAAGGGAAAAUCUGUAAGCGAUUGCGUAGCAAUACUGUAAGAUUAUUACCAACAACCUCGUACCCAGGCUCUUUCCACUACGCGCCUCGCUGGAGGAAAGACUCCUGGUCACGCGUCUCCCAGAUUUUUGGAGAUCACAAUAUUUUUGAAGAAGGGUGGGGAGGGGGGGGGACUAAGUUUGUUUUACCGUUCUAGUUGCCGAUAUCAAUUCGAUAAAGUUCAGAAUGUCUGUAUUUUAACAAAUGCAUGUCAUUUUAAUGAAUAGCGCUUGCAAGAGCUUGUGUUGCAAAAUCAGUGCAGUUUCUUGUUGAUAUACAGAUAGUCUAGGACCUGUAUAUGAGUUUGUAUGCAUUUCAUUCUCAACUGUUUUAGGGCAAGUUGACCAUGACGGUCGACAUGGUAACGCUGCCCGAACCCCAAUCCGGGGCGAAACGUCCGAAACUGACUACAUCCAAAAACGACGCUCUCGCCAUAGUGCUAUCUACAGGGUACCAAACCAUAAAAGCUUUGGCUAUUCUGAGGUGCUUAUAUGGUUCAGAGAUGGUGCUUUUAGGGGUGGUCAUUGGCAAGUGUGAAAUGCCUAGCACUGAUAUUUCACAAGGAAAUGACCAUGCAAUACUCAUAGUCAAACGUCAAUUUGUGACUAACAAAUUCAGAUAAACAGUAGUGGACCUACAUUACAUUUUUCCUAAAUCUUUUUUAUAGAAACAUAAUUGGUACUUAUUUAAAUAUAUUAUCACUGCUUUGCUGUAAAAUAGUUAAUACUUUGUGACCGAAAUAAUAAUUUGAAAUGUGCCUACCUCCUGCAAAUGGACGUAUUUGGCCAAAUUAUCCACUUUACUCCGCUGUUUAUCGGCAAUCUCGUUGAAAUCCUUCCAAAUAUGUACUAUACGGCAGCUCAGACAUAAUGGUAUUAAGCACAUUUUAAACAAGUUUUAAAUAGGUUCCAAGCACCAAGCAGAUCCUAUUCGGCGCCAUUUUGUCAUCCCAUGUGGUUGUCAACAAUUCGGCCUUGUUAUUAUUCUUCCAUUCAAGCCAUUUUGAUUCCACUAAUAACAAAUUGAACCCUUUUGUUAAAGGUAUCAAAAUAAAUAUGUAAACAAAAUAUAAGAAAUGCAGCAUUUUAUCACCCUGUAAAAUGUUGCUUACGAGUCUUUCAAAACAUUCCGUACAAACCUCGCGUGGCAAAGCAACAGGGCCGUGACAGGGAGGGGGUGAAUUUUUUUCACGAAGAUAGAAGAAGGUUGCGUGAAAUGGACUAGAAACUAAAUACAAUCAUACAAACGUUUGUUUUAUUUCUUGUAACGACAAUAUGAACAUGUCAUACUAUAAAUUAAAUGUUGAUUGUUGGUCUUACAACACUGCUAUUACUGCGUGCUUUUUCUUUGCUUUAAUCUUCAAAGUCUCCCCCCACCCCGCCCCUGUUGCUUUGCCACGCGAGGUUUCUAUGGAAUGUUUUGAAAGACUCGUAAGCAACAUUUUACAGGGUGAUAAAAUGCUGCACUUUUUAUAUUUUGUUUACAUAUUUAUUUUGAUGCCCUUAACAAAGGGUUCAGUUUGUUAUUAGCGGAAUCAAAAUGGCUUGGAUGGAAGAAUAACAAGGCCAAAUUGUUGACAACCGACAUGGGAUGACAAAAUGGCGCCAAAUUGGACAAAGUUGUGGUUUUACCUUGUCGAUGGUUAAACAGCUAGGAUCUGCUUGGAAGCUAUUUAAAACUUGUUUAAAAUGUGCUUGAUACCAUUAUGUCCGAGCUGCCGUACAUAUUUGGAAGGAUUUCAACGGCAUUGGCGAUAAACAGCGGAGUAAAGUGGCGAAUUUGGCCAAAUACGUCCAUUUGCAGGAGGUACAGUAGGUACAUUUCAAAUUAUUAUUUCGGUCACAAAGUGUUAACUAUUUUACAGCAAAGCAGUGAUAAUAUUCUUAAAUAAGUACCAAUUAUGUUUCUAUAAAAAUGAUUUAGGAAAAAAGGUAAUGUAGGUCCACUGCUGUUUAUCUGAAUUUGUAAGUCACAAAUUGACGUUUGACUAUGAGUAUUGCAUAGUCAUUUUCUUGUGAAAUAUCAGUGCUAGGCAUUUCACACUUACCAAUGACCACCCCUAAAAGCACCAUCUCUGAACCAUAUAAGCACCUCAGAAUAGCGAAAGCUUUUAUGGUUUGGUAGAUAGCACUAUGGCCAGAGCGUCGUUUUUGGGUGUAGUCAGUUUCGAACGUUUCGCCCCGGAUUGGGGUUCAGGCAGCGUUACCAUGUCGACCGUCAUGGUCAACUGGCCCGAAAACAGUUGAGAUUAUCUGUCCUAAAUGAAAUGCAUACAAACUCAUAUAGAGUUCCUAGAAUUAAGAACUAAACCCGACACAUUCUUUGCCUCAUCAACCUCACGUCGUACUGAUUAUGAGAUUGACUUUGGUUCUAAUGAAUAUUUUUUUCUUGUUCAGAUAAUAUCAAGUCUGAGAAGUAUCCGGAACAACUUCAUGACGGUGGCUCAAGUUAAGAAGCUCGAAGGAGUGUAAGCCACACUUUCAUUACCGUCAAUUUUAUGCAUUUAGAUAUAAAGUUUCGCUUCGUGUUUGCAAAUCCGAUACAGAUGCGAUGCGAUCGAAACGUUAAUGAGGAGGAAAUCUGUAAAAGGGUUAAGGGAUUGAAAGUUAAAAUGCGUGCCAUACUAUUAAAACUUCGACGAAAAGAACUUCAAAAUGAUAGUACGCGUCCAUCCAGAACUUAGUCCAAACUUUUUCUAUAAUUUUCACUUACUUAUCAGGCUGCAGAACUACCAGGUGCAUUUGUUUAAAUAAUUUUACAAUUACCUACGAACCACAAUUUACAAUUAGCUACGAUGUCCUGUCGUGAUAGUAAUAUUUCCCUCUUGUCAUACAAUCGUCAAAGAUCAAAGGAACGUGUUUACUAGCAAAUUAAGGCAACGUGAAAAUUCUUUUGUCCAACCUGAGCUUAUUGCAUAUUUAAUACAUACAUUCCAUGAGGAUGAGGCAAGAACCUCUGAAGAAUUCACAUCAACUUCAAUUCAUAAUUCAUUCCUUUUAAAUUCUACGAAUUGUAUGAAAUCUAGCCCGCGCUUAAAGGAUUAGUGUCACACCAGGAAUUCGCGGGCUCAAACUCCUGCUGGCGGCCAUUUUUCGGGACGAAUAGAUUAGAUGAUCUGGAAAGUUUUUACAAUCCAUCAUAUAUUUAAACCAUCCUUUUAUAAUCCUUCCUCUUUUUGUCUGAUUUUUAUCACAAAUGUACCAAACAAGGUAUUUUUAUCGCUAUUUGUUGUAUUUGAGUAAAAUGUAAACAAUAAUAAAAGCCCGCAAUACAUGACCCUGACACUAAUCCUUUAAUAAACAGACUAUCAAUGUUUGGGUAAGUGUUAUCAGUCUCUGGCGAAAGCCCAAAACGUGGAAGUGACUUUUUAAUAGAGUUCAAUUAUCAUGUUCUGAUAUUAGUUAUAAUUGUGGAAGAAAAGAAGAUAUAAUAUUUGACAGUUUUAUCAGACUUUUCUUUCUAUCUUUUAGUUCCAAGCAGACUCUUGGAAGAAGAAGCUCGUAUGAAGUCAAUGGCGUUUCAUCCGGUAAGGUUUCGAUUUACCUUAUAGGUGCAAGUAGAAAGCGGGAACUUCCACCUCUAGGACGUACCACUAUAGGACUAACCGCUAGGGCUUCCACCGCCCGAUCGUGUCAGGUGGCAGCUGAGCAUGGUCGUCCAUGAAGUGUAGAGCCGCGCAAAAGCGCAUGCAAUAAAUAUUUAACAGUUUCGCCAAAAUCGUAACCGUCACUAUAGCCAAAUGAUAGAUCAGAGGCUCCAGUUACGUUCAAAUGGUAUGGGCAAUAAAUUUCUGUAAAGCAAUUUUCAGUGAUUGCCUGAUGUUUUCUCAUUUCUAAACACGUUUUUGCGCGGCAGCAUUGUUUGUGAGAAGUACGAGAAAAUGCACGGAGUAUAGUAUUAAUAAUAUGAGUGUUAUGAUUUUCGGCAUCUCAUUCGAUGGAACUAAUGGUUGUCACUAGAUUUUUUUGGUGAAUAAUCUUGAACGAUAUCUCGAACUGCGAGUGCCAGUGUUUCGAACGAAAAUUUAUAUAUACCAGAAGCAGCUGCGAAAGAUUAAAAUUCGACCCUCCAGCAGCAACCGACCUGUGACCUCUGCAAUUCCUGUGCAGAAUUUAUCUACAUCUCUUACUACUAAAUGCAUUCAGAAACAGUCUCAAACAGAAUAAUUAGGCUCACCAGAUUUAACGGCUUGGUUCACGUUGCCAAAAUAAUACUAAAAAAUAAUGGAAUAAAAGAUAACAUCCUUCUAAUUUUUCUAGGGUCAUCAAAUCAACAGGGAGAGGGUCAUAAUCGGGUCUGUAUACUAACAACCAGUGUUUGAAAUAUAAUUAUUUUAUAACAGUUUGAAUUGAUAGAUAAUCACGUUGGACGUUUGAUCUAAAAAAGAAACAUGGGCAUUUUCCUGUUUUCAUAAUUAUUAUAAAAUUGACGUGAUCAUUUACGUAAAUAUUUAACGAGGGUCGUAAUGGUGAAAAUGAGAAAUGAUAUUUGGGCCAGUGUAGUGGGAUUUCACCAUCAAUUUUGGUGCUGGGAAUGGAAUUUAGCAAUAUAGUAGGUUGGGUGGUUGAGAUUCGAAACAAAAACAUGGGUAGAAAAAUGGGUAGAAUUGAAUUCCUCCCUUCACGACCUUUACUUACAAUAUCUUCUACUUGGCAGCUGAAGCCGGAAUUAGAUGAUGAAAAUAUAAAUAUUCGUAUUCUUAACCAGAAACCUUGGUAUGUGUGUCCUUACUGGUCGCACCGUUUUUUGAUAAACCAGCUACCUUUUGGAUAUGUUUCACCCUCUACUCUAAUUGUUUGGCUAUUUCUUGGCGGAGAUUGCUCAGAUCUAAUAACGGUAAGGUACAUAGUGAUAUUAUAUUAAACUAUUUUUCCAUUCAUAGCUUGUUACGGACACUCUGGACGAGCUUGAUUGGGUACUCAAUCAGCUGGAGACGUUAGAAACACACUGCAGUGUAAGCGAAAUGGCAUCGAAUAAGGUACGAAAUAUUUCUGAAUUUCCUUGAAAUUGGCAAUACGGAUUCACUUACUAAGAAUUGAAUGUUUCGAAAUUUAGCAGUGGCAGCUUGCAGGUGCUGCAAAUGAGGAGAAAAAGCAUAAUUGUUACUGAGAAUUUUGCUUUACUUAGUUGUUUAGUUCUCAUCCUACAUAAAAAAAUUGUAAAAGUACCAAUUUUCCCGAUCAUCCUGACAUUUUUUUGCUCAUACAUACCUGUCUUGACAGCCAACGGUUAUACGAACAAGACUGGCCACAAAAAUUUGAGAGCAUUUUUCAUAGACAGGAUCUUUAGGGUUUAAUGUUAAUUUAGAGAACUGAUUUCCAUAGUAUUUCAGGGGGGGGGGGAUAUGGCGUAAUUUUCAUUUUAAUUGCACUAUUAUUGUGAAAAGUGUAACUUUUAACGUUAUAAAUUACACAAUGUUGUUGUAAUUGCUAAUUUAUUUUCACUUCAGUUUAAAAGACUGUUAAAUCGUGAACUGAAAGAUUUCUCGGAGGCAACACAAUCCAAAGAACUAUCUAUGUGGGUUUAUAACACUUUUGUAGGUAAGUAUCUAUUAGGUCGCUUCUCUCCUCUUGUAGUUUAUAUACAGUAUCUUCUCAACUAUCUAAUAUGCAUCUCAUAGCUUGUGCAGCAUGAAGGUGUUGCUUGCUGAAGAAGAAGUGUACUCCGCCCAGCUCUCAGCACGCAUUCUCUAUAACAACCCCUGCAACGCUUUCCUACAUCUAUUCUAAGAUAACUGAGAGAGCGAUGCGAGUCGAAUGUGAGAAAAUAUCCUUAUAUAUAUUUUAAAUGAGCUUGCACAUUAAGCGCAUGCGUCGUUACUAAGUUGUAGAACAUCCAUGUUUUCUUGAAAGUCCAUCCUUUCAUCAUAUUUCCAUUGUACUUUAGACAAACAAGUUGGCGUCGAUCCAUCUUCCAGCAUACGAGCUCGCUCAAAAUCUCUAGUGAGUAGCGUUGGGAAAUUAAAAAGAAUAAGCAGUUUUUCCGGAACUAUACCAAGGUAAGCGCUGGUUUCAAAAUCGGUUCUGUAAACUAGAUAUGGACCUUAGCCAGAAAUGGAUUAGAUCUCCCAUUUGCAUAGUAGUUUCUGUUUUCAUAGUUAUUGAAGUUGUAUUGAAAAGUGGUGUUGAAAUGUCCUAAUACCUAAUACAAAACAUUUUUCUAUGAUGAUGGUUUCAAAUUAUUUUCCGUGUAUAUUCGUUUGAGAAACAAUGGAAACUAAUAACAUGGAUGUAUGAUAGCUUUGGAAAUCCAAACUUAUCAUUCUUCACCAUUUAAGGUUUGGAGUCGAAGUAAAAGAUGAGUGUGAACUUGCGAAGGUAACUACAGAAUACUUUCUAUACAAUAUCCCUGGCAAAUUGCACAGCUUCCCAACAUUUUUGCUCCAUGAGGCCGCUAUUUACAAAAUAUGACUCAUUCAUACAGAGAAAUUUUAUAUAUAGGAGUUUAGGAUUAUGUUUCAUUUAAUUGAGCUGCUAUCUCGCCGGUUAUUUUUUUAAAUUUUUAAAGCAUCUUGAGGCUGUACAUAAAUGGGACUUCGAUGUUUUCAAACUUCAUAACAUAACAAAUGGACGACCUUUGGCCGCUGUCACUUACACGAUACUACAGGUAAGGUUACUGUAAGUUAUUGAGUGCUACAUAGUAUUGCGACUUUACGUCACGUGCACCCCAUUUACAAUUAAAACUUUUAAAAUUCUGCGUAUUCCAUUGCCAUUUAAUUAAAUAAGUUAUACUUGCUUUUGUUGUCCCUGUUCUUUUUUGUUAUUGGUGGUGCAUGGUGUUGUUACAGUUACUAUCGUUGUUAUUGUUGUUAUUUUCACUACGUUUCUCACAGCUGGAGGUGUCAAACUUGUCAAAUUGAGUAACGUAGGCCUACCUGUAAUUACAUUUAUUUCAGGCUCGAGAUUUAAUGAGAAUUUUCAAAAUCAAGCCAAUGACGUUUAUUAAUUAUAUUACAUUAAUCGAGGUUUGUACGUACUUAAAAAUACUAGUCAACAAUUCUCAUUAAUAAUUCAUGAGGAAAUUGAAGACAAAGGAAAUCACUUGUCUACCCUGUCGGAACAGGUGGGAAAUUUGUCUGAGCAUGCGCGAGCAAAGUGAGCAACACAAUUGCGUGGAAUACACGCAACGCGUGUUUACAAAAAGGCACAAUCGUGUAAAUAUUGCCAAAUGUUUGUACAAAAUAAAUGACUGUUUUAUGUUGAAAAUGGACAUGAUCUAAAUUAAUCAUACAGAAUUUUUUAGUGACGUUCUAUUUCAGUACCCUGCCAUUGUCUCUGGUGGGCUGUCCGUGUGCAUUCGAUCUGAAACAGUCGCUACUAUGCUGUCGAAAAAUUUCGAAUGUUUACAUGAACAUAGAGGCAAGUCAUGCAUUUUACAACCUCGUAAACUGUAUGAGCCCCUAUUUUUACGCUUAUACCUAAGAUAUCAAAUGAAAGUACAUGAAACAGAGAACAUUUUCCGAAAGUUUUAUCGUGAGGCCACGGCCAGUUUUUAAAAUAUCUUUAUUUCUGUUCCGGUCAUCACCAAAAUUACACUAAAGCCGGGCUUGAAUAUACAACAAAUUUUGAAUAUCAUCAAAUACAAAAAUAUUUAACCUGUAACCAAAAUAUGCUCACGAAAUCGAAAUUAAUAGCUAAAUUUUCAAACUAGACCCUUCUCGAAGCGGUUUUCAUGAAGGAAGUUCACAUUUCGGCCUUUGAUUCUUGGCAAAAAUUUGACAACAACACGUGCGAAGCAACUGGGUCUCAAAGACUCAGCUAAAACAUUGUGAGCCUCUAUUUUCCUGACGAUAUGUUUGAUACCUACAAACACGUAAAAGUUUUUUCUUUUCAUUUAUCUAUAUUUGAAAUUGAGGCCACGGGCUAUUUUUGAGAAAAUACAGUUCAAAGUCAAGCUAUUUUUACAUAUUUUCAAAAUUUGUCAAAUUUCGCGAGCUUGUAUUUUGAACUUAGACAGCUGAAGUUACAUUAAGAAACAUAGGAUGGAAAAUUUGAGUCAUAUAAAGUUAAUUUCAACUUACAUUUCAUUCUCAUAUCACGUCUUUCUUCGUUUAUUACGGUUUUAAACAAGCCACAGAUCGACGUAUACGGUAUUUACUCCCAUGUUCACGUCGCCAUAUUAACUUCUUCCAAUCACUCGAUUACAAAACAAAUCAUCCCAAAACAAAGAAUUCAUGAUCGACUUUUAAAAGAAUAACCAAUAAUUUGUAAAUCGUUGAAUGGAAAGCAAAAAAUUGUCAGCUAAAACAGCUUCUUGCUAACUUUCUGCUUUGUUUUGAAUGUAAAUGCAAUGAGCUUUGUUUCUGCCCGCGAUUUUUUGGUCAGCGACAACAAAUUUCCCACCUGUUCCCUGUCGGUGGUUUUAUAUGUGUCAAAAAUUAUGUUAAUUUACAUAAAUUUUACGGCUUUCAUGCAUUCAUUUUGUCGGCUUAGACAACAUUGACUUUUUGAAUUACUUUGCCAAUCGGAACGUGAUCUGUCACGUUUCACGUGAAGUAAUUUUUAACUCUGUAAAUGUUAUUUAUCUUCAGUAUUUAAUGCCUUUCAUUUUCGAAACUAAUUUCAUCACUGAAAGCUCAAAAAACCUACCGAUAUGUCUUGUUUAAAAUGUCAAGAAAAUAUAUGCAUGCAGUUAAAUUGUUACACGCAAAGCAUUCCUCUACUUCUUUAAGUUCCCACUUUGUUCUACCAGCAGUAACUGCUCACGGAACUUCAAGUUCUUUAAGUUGCCACUUCUUUAAGUUCCCACUUUGUUCUACCAGCAGUAACUGCUCAGAACAAAUAUUGGCAAUUAAUGUCUCACGAAAGCUCGCUGAAACGUUCUCUAAAUACUUACUUAGAAGCCAUUAACGACACAAUAUUUUUUAAGACUAUUGGGUGACAAACAAAUAUUUUUUUAUUAUAUCUGGUUCUGUAGAAUCAUUACUUUAAAGAUGUUCCAUUCCACAAUAGUACACAUUCAUCUGAUGUAGUCCAGUCUGCUCAUGUUCUCCUAUCUGCUGGCGUCUUUGAGGUAAAUGUCCGUAUCCUGAACUUUAUAUUUUUGUCGUAACUUUUGCCAGCACAUGCAUGUGUCAUGAAGGCGUGAUUCCACUGAGAAGUAUUUGUCUUUAGUGUACAGUCGGUUUUACUCAACAAAGCUGUCGUCGCGAAGAAAAGCAACUCAAUAUUUUGGAAUAAAGGACAUAUACCGUCGAAAGAUGCACACUUCUUUGCUUUAUUAUAUAUAGUGUAUAAUGCAUUUUUUUCUCCCUCAUUAGAAAAUUGCACAGCCACAGUCAGUGCAGUUAAACGUUGCUAAAUAUAGCUCCCUAUUGUCUGCCACUUUACCUUAAGAGCUCCACUUUAUUAACGGAAAUUGUAUCUUGGGAGUAGAAAAGUUUCUUUGUUUGUUUCCGCGAGGUAUCAGUGUUUGAUCUGAAACACUUUGUGGUUUCACUGAUAAGACUGCUUUAACUCAUCAGACACAUUUUUUGGUUAAAACAUUUAUAAAGUAUGCAAAAUUGAAUUGGUUACACAUCCACAAAUACAAUCGAUUAAGUUUGCUAGGCAAAGAGUUUUAAGAAUGUCAACCAAAUGAAGAAGAUAUAACUAUAAUAAUGGUCACAUGUGUUUUUAUAUAUAUAUAUAUACGGUUAUAAUAGUUGGAGCCGUUUAGUCUUAAAUGGAAAAGAUGCUUGUUACAUCUCUUCUACAGACAGACUUAGUCUGAAGUGAUAUAUUUAUUUUCAGUCCGUUUUCACUGACCUGGAAAUUCUAGCAACUUUGUUCGCCGCUGCCGUUCAUGACGUCGAUCAUCCUGGUCUCAGUAAUCAUUUUCUUGUUGCGACAAGUAAGUUUGGUUAUUCGUGGAAUAGCAUGCAGAUGAUUAACUAUUGUAUAUAUUAAAUAGGUGUGCUGCAGAAAUAUGGCUUAUAUACAUUCAAUGUUGAGCAGAAUCUUUUCAAAAUUCUAUUUAAUUUUAUGUAUAGCAUGUUAUUAUUUAUAAGCAAAACCCUUAUUUUUUCACGCAGCUAAUCAAGCAAUUUGUUUUACAUAUAUCAUUCGGUUAAUACCAAAAUUAAACAAAACUUAAUGAAUUUAUAAUUAGAGGUCUGAUCGUAAAUUAUUAAUCGUUUAAUUGCUCAAAAUAUACGCCGGGUAUUACACUGAUCAACCAGGUUGGAAUCAUGCAUCCUUGUAGCCUAUAAUGGUCUUGUAUAUGUAUGGUUAAAGUAAAUGUAAUAUACAGUUAAUUUUGAUAAUGGGAAGAUUCUGAUACUAUUCGUUUGCACAUGACGUCACGUCAGUAAGUUGGAAAGAAUAACUCGUGAAUAUCGCGUGAACAUUCAAAAUUUCUUUUUCGAUAUAUUUUAAAUCAUUUGAAGAGAUAUUUUCACAUUUUCUUCUCGUUUUCUACUAUCGAUAGAUUCAAGACUAGCAUUAAUGUACAACGACGAGUCUGUAUUAGAAAAUCAUCAUCUGGCUGUGGCAUUCCAGUUAUUGCAGCACGAGGGUUGCGACAUAUUUGAGAAUAUGAAUAAGAAAGAAAGACAAACUUUAAGAAAAAAUGUUAUUGAAAUGGUAAGACAACACUUAAAAAACUAGAAAACACUUAUAGACCUCUGAAUAAUUACAAGAGGUAGAAAAGCAAGCGCGGAAAAUGUAAAUGACCACUGUCGUUUGUGUAUUAAGUGUGCUUUGAAACUAAAAUACGGGGCAAUAGAGAAAAUAUCUUAUAUUCUUAUAUAUCGUCGUAGAAAUUAUUUAUUUAAGGCAACCAAAAGAAACGUUACGACAGUGGCAAAACCUUGGCCGAAAUAAGCCGAAUUGCCGGUUCAUUUCAUUUAGGAAUCUAAGUUAAUUCUAUCUCGGAACUAUCCGACUGAGUUUGUAAACCGUGUGAGCGACAUAUGCGAAAUGCAAGCGAACUGAUUGCCAUAAUCAAACGAGACAUAAACGCGUUGCCUGUGAACGUUACAACAAAUAGACCGUUGUAAAUUAAAACCCUCAGUUGCCAAUAUGAACUGUCCCGUCUCCCUAAUGAAACCGUUUGGUAACGAAAGCCUUAAAAAGUUCAGAAAGUGAAGCGGCUAAUAGGCCUAGGCGUAAUAUAUAAAACCCGUUGCAAGAAAGACUAUACGGCCGUCUGUAUCUAUUCUCGUUAUAUUUUCUCGCGCCAACAAGAACAAUGUAAAAAUCAAGCUUUUCCCAUAGAACGGCCAAAACAUUCUUUCCAAGGAGUAAAUCUUUAACUGCUGUCUCUUGCUCGCGUUUGACAAUCAGUUCGCGUUUCGACUUUCGAGAAGCGUUCAGUUUUACAACAGCUAUUAAAGCGAACAUUUUAGAAUGUUAGGGUUUGGAAUCCAAGUGAGAAUAUAUACAUUUUAAGACCUAACCAGGAACGACUGCGAAAAAUGCAGCACAAGGUCCUCUGGUAGGAAUUGAACCUACGGCCCUGCGAUUCCGGUGCAGCGCUCUAACCAACUGAGCUACAGAGGCCAGCUGUAAAAAGCUGUAGCCGUAAGUCAUGUAUAUAUAGCUUAUAUACAUGAACCUUUUAUAUAGUUACCUAUAUAUACAUGAACUUACGGUUACAGCUUAACAGCUGGUCUCUGUAGCUCAGUUGGCUAGAGCGCUGCACCGGAAUCCCAGGGCCGUAAGUUCAAUUCCUACCAGAGGACCUUGUGCUGCAUUUUUCGCAGUCGUUCCUGGUUAGGUCUUAAAAUGUAUAUAUACUCACUUGGAUUACAAACCCUAACAUUCUAAUAUUAAUUCCACCAAGUGAAGUGCAAGAAUCUAACUAAGUAUUAAAGCGAACGCAUGCAUCAUUAAAGUGUUAAACGUAUGUUUACAUAUUAAAGUGUAUUCACUUUUGAGUGACAGCGGCUCAGACUCGCAGCCAAUCAUCAAUUCCCGUCCACUGGUGGACGGGGAAUUCGAUUACACUGCCAAACCCAGCAGGCGGUCUUUCCCAGGCUUGCCCGAUUUUAGGGACCGCCUGCCAUGCAGGCUAUUUGUAUUGCUGCAUUAAUCCCUCAUCCCCUUUGUUUACAAAUUUCUAAUACAUGUAGCUAAAAUGCUGAUUUUAUUUCCUGUUUCCUAACUUCCUAUAAAAUUAUUGUGUAGGUUCUUGCUACGGAUAAUGCAAAACACAUGAGUUUGCUGGCGUCGUUAAAGACCAUGGUCGAAACUAAGAAACUGUCCGCAUCAAAAUUUACUUUAGAUAAUUACGCUGACCGGAUUCAGGUUUGUAUUGCUCACAUGCUGGUGGCAUUUCAUGUUAAAUAUAUAUUUGAAGACUAUAUAGGCGCGUAAAAAUGCACAACCUGUUAAGUUCGCGGUUGAUAUCGACAUGCGUGAACAAGGUUGUCCUGUAGCUUAUGAAGAAGUUGUCAAAACUGCUUGUUGAGCGAUGACUAUUCGAAAAAAUUAUAAUACGCUAUUAUAAUUACAUUAAUAUUAAUAUUAUUAAUAUUAUUAAUAUUACAUAUUAUUAGCACUGAUGAAGAUCCAGGCUUACGGAUCGAAAGCUUUGCCGUAAUAAAUUUACGCGGUGUUUCCACAAACAAAACCAUUAUAUUUUAUCGCCAUGCAAACAUACAAAGAACUUAACACGCUAUUAAUUUAUGUUUUAGGUUCUACGUUGCUUAGUACAUUGUGCUGAUCUCAGUAAUCCAACAAAACGAUUACCUCUCUAUAAAGAAUGGGUAGAUAGGUUGAUGGAAGAAUUUUUCCAACAGGUAAACACACUAGCUACAAAUCUUCGAUUAAAGAUAUGCUUUCUUACCCCUUUUUAUUAGAAUAACGCUCCAUUUUAUGUCUUACCAGGCGGAUAUACGCAAUUAUUAAACUACAGACCGGUUAAUCAGGCAAAGUGUACAACCUUAAGACUGAAAAUAAUCUAUGGUAGAGCCAUUAAUUUUAAAAUGGCGCAAAAUGCAUCGAAAACUUACUAAACUGACUGGCGGAAUUAAUGAUUAUUAAUAUCUUCGACAUGUUUACACGCGAAAAUUGGCGAUUGCCAACAUAUUCAUGUGAAAAAAGGCAAAUAUCUGAAUGGCGUUGAUCUAUACGUUCUCUGAACAUUAAUCCUCUUUCCCCUAAAACAUCGAUUCUUAUUCAAUUUGUAGUAAUAGAACUAGUUUUAUGGAAACAAUAAGCACUCAGGGACGCAAUCGACGCAUGCCUUUUCGAAAUUAUAGUUCAAAUUUAGACGAGGCUUUCCAAAACUAAGUAUUGAAGUCUCGUUGUAUUGUAGUCGCAUUCUUCCAAUUUUGAACAUUGAAACACCAGAGCAUUGUAUAUUUUCUGUCUGAUCGGGUAUGUUUACAAUAUCUUUAUUGACUCCUUUAUAUCCUUUAUUGUUUAGGGUGAUCGGGAAAGAAAAAUAGAGGGGAUGGAUGUGAGUCCCAUGAUGGAUCGUUAUAACGCGACAAUUGAAAAAUCACAGGUUCGUACUAAUGCCUAUAUAGUUUUUAACUUGAAUCCAUAAUUAUCAAUUACAAUUACACAGUAACCUAAUAUGCGCCCAUAAAAUACUUCGACCAUUUCCUUGAAUUUCUUUCUAAAUACAAGUCUGUUGGAGAAGUGAUAUAACGUACUCGAAAACUGUUUAUCGCCCAAGUGCGCUUUUUGUGAUGCUUAAUGUUCGGUAGAAGUUAAUAGCGGACACAGUGUGAUUAGAUAAAUUGCAAGGUAGCUUUCAUUUUGUUGUUUUUUUCUCAAAAAAUCAUCUAGUAAUCACAUUCGCCAGGUUUUAUAAUGAAAAGCUUUUAAAAUGAGCUUUUUAACUACAAUAAACCUUACUGCAUUUUUCAGAAUUUCUGAUAUUUUCACAAAAUGUGCAUAAGUUCACGCAGAAUAUCUGACAGUCUGUGGAAUUAAUGUGCCUAUAACAGCCUGUGGAAUUAAUAAACAUGACCAAUAAACAAAAUUAAUCAGGAAUUUGAUAUUUUCUCUUCAUUUGAUAUUCCAGGUUGUCUUUAUCGAUUUUGUUGCCCAGCCAUUGUGGGAGACGUGGGCUGAACUGACAUAUCCAGAUGCUCAAGGAACCUUAGAUACUUUAGAAGAAAACCGCAAUUGGUACAACUCUCAUGUAUCGGAAACCAAAAUGGAACCACAUAAAAGUUUUAGUAGUGAUAGUGAUAAACCGGACAUAGAUCAACUACCGUUUAGGAAACACGAGAGGAUACAAGAAAAAAGAGUGAGCUGGCAGGAACAUCGAAAUGUAGCGAUCGAUUUAAGUAAUUCUAAAGGUAUGUGUGUUUAAAGUAAAUACCUGAUAUUGUUUGUAUAGUUUUAUAGUUUAUCUGUCAAUUACCUUUUUUGGGGAGGGGGUAAAAAAAAAUCCGCACUGUUUGCGAUAGCUUUUGGUUCGAAAGCCCAAAUCAUCACCAUUUAUGUAUUUGGCCUUUAUGCGCAUGGAAAGUGAAUUUCGCAGUUGUGUCCAUUCUUUGGAUGCGAAAUAGUGAAACAGUUACCGUUGAAAAGGUUCCUUUGAAAGGUCACAACUUCUAUAUGAACUGCUUCUAGCUUAUAUCGCCGAUGUAAUUUGUAACUUUGAACACCCUUCAGUGUUAAAGACAUAAUCGUAGUUUAUGAUGUGUGAAGUUACAUGUAGUGCCUAAAUGUUUUCACUUUCAAAGUGAAACCUUAAGAAUGCGAUAUACUUACUAUACUUACAUUUUUGUCAUGUUUUCGCUCGCUACUCUGGUCUAUAUAAAUGAAAACAUAGCCCAGUCGAAUUGUAAUCAAGACCCAACGGUUCGACACUCGUCAUACCAAUAAAAUAGGUCUUUAUUCGAUACUUAACAUUACUAACCUUCUUUAGAUGAGGUAAAGACGAAAGCACCUAACUUAUUCUCUGUUGAUUCGGCUCGACUUCAGAGCACUAAGAGCAGCAGUCGAAGUCGUGAAGCAGAUGACGAGUUAGACAGCGACGAACAGGGUACGAUAGACGAGGAGGAAGACGAAGAACUAUUGGUUUUAAGUAAACAGAGAGAUCAUUGUUUGUAG